AUGGCCAAUAUGCUGACUUUAGAAGCUGAACCAGGGUUUGAGACUGCUUUAAGUCUCAUUCCUCCUGCACCACGUGCAAUGGAAGAUAAUGUAGAACCAGUGUCUAACGAUAGAGAAAAGAAUGUAGAUGAGACUGAACUUAAAAUAUCCGAGAAAAAGACACUUGUAGACCUUGCACAGGACGUUUCCAACUGGACAUUGCACUCGGAUCACGAUCUCCACGCGUUUCUCAAGCGAUAUUCAUCGGAAUUAUUCACACGGACAAAGGACUUGGAAAAUAGUGUACGAGACAUUGCAGCCGAUGCAGAUUCCGCUCAAGUUCGUCUUAAGAAUACGUUUAAUCAGUUUUUAAUGCUGUCAAACAAUCAGUUUAUUGAAAAUCGCGUCUACGAUGAAGAACAGGAAGAUUUCUUUCAUCUAGAGAGCAGCAAUAGUAACAGUAACAGCAAUAAUGUAGCGACUGUGGAGAAGGAGAUGGACAAGAAGAAAAACGAGCAGGAGACGACGGCAGAAGUGAUGGAAGGACCGAGUGGGACGAGUCAUGGAUCAACAUCCGUAACGACGUUAACGACGUCACCAUCGACGACGUUGGAGAAGGAAGGAGAUACAAAAGCUGCAGCAGAGUCGAUUGUAACAAAGUAUCGAUCGGCUUUGGAGAUGGGGAUGGAAGCUAUGAAACUUUUUGUCAUGAUGGAUGAAGACGAUAAGGAUGAUACAAAUGACACGACGUUGUCGCAGUUUGAUACGGUGCUGGAUAUUUAUAAUGAACGUCCAUUGCCAUUUGUUAUUGGUACCAGAGAAUUCUUGGAAGAUGAAACACUUGGAUUAGGUGCAGCACCUGAGGAAGAGGAGUCGGAUAGUGACAGUAGUUCGAGCUAUACAUCGUCCUAUAGUAGUUCAGACUCGGGGUCGGAUUCUAAAUCGGACUCGGAAUCAUUGUCCAAUGCGUCGCAAAAAUCAAGUAAUAGACGAGCGUCGCAUUCGCGCUCACGCUAUCGAUCGAGCUCGGAAGAGCCGGAUGAAGCGUUAGGUGCCGAGCAAUCGACUAGACGACGUGCGAAUUCUGAUGAGAGUGACACGAGUGGGUUAUUUGGUCGUCCGCCUAUGAGUGAACCUUCUCGACGACGUGCGGACUCCGAUGAAAGCGAUACAAGCGGACUCUUUGGUCGCCCGUCUGCAGCUGCAUCGGCUAUACCGCAGCUGAAAGCUUCAUUGUCGCGUAGUUCCCUCCGACGCCCUGUGUUUGAUGAUGACAAGAAAGAGAGCAAUAACAGUGACUGGACGAGUGACAGUGAUGAUGAUGGCAAGAAGAUGCCGAUGCGCAAGCAGAGCACGGCGAGCCGCCGCGGUCAUGAAGCACCACCUCCUUUUGCUGUUCCCGUAUCUGCAAGAAAGAACCAAUAUCUGGAUAGCUCAGACGAAGAGAGCGAUGCUGGCCUAUUUGGAUUGGCUCCUACAAGCAAGCCGCGGGUGUUUGCCACCGAUGAGGCAGAGGCAUUAAGUCAGCGUAACACUUCAAAACAGCCGAAUACACGACGAUCUGAUUCGUUUGAUUCGUCAUCUUCAGACGAGGACAAAGGAAUGUUUGGAGCAAGCGUGGAAAAGAAAGCUCCGACAGCCGAAGUUCCACGGCAGAGGUUUCGUUUACCGCCUAUGGAUGCGACAACAUCAAGACGGACGAGUGAGUUGGAGUCGAAGCAGAGCAUUUUGUCAAGUGAUAGUGAUGCAGAAUCUACGACGAGUGGCCUUUUUGGACGACCGUCCGGUGCUGUACGAGACAAGAAGAAGAAUCCUGCCAAUCAUUCUGUAUUUCCAGCAUCACAGCAAUCUCGGCAUCUUGAUUUUUUUGACGACAGUAGUGAUGACGAUGAUGAUGGUGGACUAUUUGGUGCUGCACCAGCGAUACCGAGUACACCAGUUGUGCAGCCUGUGGUAUCUACCCCACGGCGCUCUACGUAUUCUAAUAGCAGCAGUGACGAUGACGGAAAUGGUGGGGAUUUAUUUGGUGCUACCCCUACAUCUGCUCGUGGGACGACAGCAGCUCCUUCAGUAUCAGCUUCUCGUUUAAAACCGGUACAACGUGCACCUCAAAGCGGCCUAUUUGGUGAGAGUGAUAGUGAUGACAGUGACGAUAGCGAUAUCAGUGAAGAUAGUGAUGGUGGCGGCCCAUUUGGUGCAAAAAAGGCAGUCACCAAAGCUGCUCCACCAGUGGCUGCUUCGAGGCCAUCACUUACCGUUAAACAGAAUGCCAGUGACAGCGACAACGGUGAAGGCUUUAGACUUCCGCAGGCAACCAAGUCUAACGCUACCACGCCGAUCGCAGCCGUGCCAACACAGACCCGACAAUCACGUGUGCUUAGUGACUCCAGUGACUCAGACAAAGGUGGUUUGUUUGGAGCACCACCCUCGCAAUCUGCCCCGGUGUCAUCGCCAAUGCCAGCUCCUAUUUCAGCACCGAUAGCUGCGACGACUGCCUCUGUGCCACCUGCUAACCCUUUCGUUCAUCCGCAAGAUUCCUCCGAUGACGAUAGUGAUGAUUGGAGCGAUGAUGAUGACGGUGGCCUGUUUGGUAUGGCAACGUCAAAGCCAAUCCCUGCAAAACCAGCAGCAGCAGCUCCAGUACCAGCCACACGUAGGGCCCCUGAUUCUGCUCCAACGCAAGUUGUGGCUCCAACGGAAUCGCCGGCAGGCAUUUCUGUACACCCACCAAUUCUCAGUGCUGCUGCUCGACUGCGUGCCGCUGAGUCCUCCUCGGAUUCCGAUUCUGAUUCUGACUGGGAUGGUGGGCUCUUUGGGCCUUCAAAGAAGUAA